GCCGGGCCCAGGGUAUUCGGUCUCUCAUGGUCUCUCUGAUUGCUUUGGAUAGGUGUGCAGACAGCGAAUGUGAGGCCUGGAAUCGUGGAGCCGAGGAAGUCAUAGGCGAACUCCUUGUUGCAGCAUGGAGCACCUUGCCUUGGGACGAGGGGCAAGCCACAGAAGAAAACAAGCAGAGGAUGAUCUAUCCAUUUGCAGAAAUCCUCGCAGCUUGGCAACGAUGCAUUCUUAUCUUGAAAUAUCUUGAGAUAUCUCCAGAGUGGAACUUGGAAGAUGGGGAAGGUGCUCAGGUGCACGAGUCCUACUGCACCAACGAGCGUGCUCAGCCGUGCAAAAUUGGCUUUACGCCUUUUGAUUCUGCCGCAAUGGCCUGUGGCGACUUUUCUGCAGAUGAAAAGGCUUCGGGCAAACAUGUCAGCAAGUUGCUGACGGACGUGCGCUUUGCCAGUGUGCCAUGGGCGCCUGUGGUUCGGAUGGAGGCACAACCUGCAGCGCCUGCAGCCGCGGUACCUGUAGAAGAUGGGGUACCAGAAGAUGCGGCUCCCCAAAUUGAAGGUGCCGGUAAAUUGGAUGCUUCUUUUUGCACCAACACACGUGCUCGGGUGUGCAAGAUAGGCUUCACACCCUUCUUCGAUUCUCAUGACUUGGCAUGUGGCACCUUGGCAGAGACAAACAAAGAAUUCCAAGCCACCCAGAGACUGGUUGACGCUUCGGGCAAACAUGUCAGAAAGUUCCUGAUGGACGAGCGCUUUGCCAAUGUGCCAUGGGCAUGGGCAGCUGCGAUGCAGAUGGAAAAUGCGGAAUCAACCCGUUGGAUCCUUUCGGGCAACAGACACAGAAGACGACUGAAGGUCAGAGCCCGGUCUGCUAUGCUGGAGAAGUAUGGAGAAGUUAUGUUCGAUAACAGCCAUACAGUAGCACUGAGGGACAGCAAAGGUGCUCCAUUGGACAGUUCCUUUUGCACCAACCAACGAGCGCAGCAGUGCAAGAUUGGCUUCAUACCCUUUUCCGAUUCAGCGGAUUUGGCGUGUGGUGCCUUUGCAGAUUGGUGGCACAAAUUGCGUAGUUCGAAGCUGGAGAAGAACAAUAGCGUUUUGGACAAACUUGUCAGCAAGCUGCUGAUGGACGUGCGCUCUGCAAGUGUGCUGUGGGCAGCUGCACUUCAGAUGGAAGCUGCGGUGGAUUCGAAACCAAUGCCACGGCAGCGACACCUGAUGCGACAGCUGGCGCGACCACUGAUGCGACCGCUGACGCGACGACUGAUGCGACCGCUGACGCGACUGCUAACGCAACUGCAGGCUUCAAUCCAUUUUCCGAUUCUGCCGAUGCAGCGUGCGGCGCCUUCGCUGCAGACGGACAGCCUUGGACAAACCUGUCAACAAAUUGCGGACGGACAAGCACUUUGCAAGUGUGCCAUGGGUAUUUGCCAAUCAGAUGGCAGCUGCGCCUUGAAGAAGGUCUUGGACAAACUUGUGAGACAGCCGCUGACGGCCGUGCGCUCUGCAAGUGUGCCGCGGGCACCUGCGGCGAAAGCGGAAAUUGCGGUGGCGAACAGCUCGGCGAACGGCACGAAGAGUGCAGGCACUGCCAGCGGUUCAUUAGAUGCAGCUUUCUGCACCAAUCAACGUGCUCAAGCUUGCAAGAUCGGCUUCAUUCCCUUCAUGGAUUCGUCCGAUUUAGCAUGUGGUGCCCUGGUUGCACGUUUUGUGCUCGAUGCGGGCAAUCAAAUGCAAGACCAUGUCUUGGACAAACUUGUGAGACAGCCGCUGACGGCCGUGCGCUCUGCAAGUGUGUUGCUGGCACCUGCGGCGAAAGCGGAGGCGAACAGCUCGGCGAACGGCACGAAGAGUGCAGGCACUGCCAGCGGUUCAUUAGAUGCAGCUUUCUGCACCAAUCAACGUGCUCAAGCUUGCAAGAUCGGCUUCAUUCCCUUCAUGGAUUCGUCCGAUUUAGCAUGUGGUGCCCUGGUUGCAUGUUUUGUGCUCGUCUUGGACAAACUUGUGAGACAGCCGCUGACGGCCGUGCGCUCUGCAAGUGUGCCGCGGGCACCUGCGGCGAAAGCGGAAAUUGCGGUGGCGAACAGCUCGGCGAAUGGCACGAAGAGUGCAGGCACUGCCAGCGGUUCAUUAGAUGCAGCUUUCUGCACCAAUCAACGUGCUCAAGCUUGCAAGAUCGGUCUUGGACAAACUUGUGAGACAGCCGCUGACGGCCGUGCGCUCUGCAAGUGUGCCGCGGGCACCUGCGGCGAAAGCGGAAAUUGCGGUGGAUUCCAGAAUCCUUUUGCACAGGCCUCACAGGCGAACAGCUCGGCGAACGGCACGAAGAGUGCAGGCACUGCCAGCGGUUCAUUAGAUGCAGCUUUCUGCACCAAUCAACGUGCUCAAGCUUGCAAGAUCGGCUUCAUUCCCUUCAUGGAUUCGUCCGACUUAGCAUGUGGUGCCCUGGUUGCAUGUUCUGUGCUCGAUGCGGGCAAUCAAAUGCAAGACCAUGCUGUUCAGACAUGUUCUGAUUGGGUCUUGGACAAACUUGUGAGACAGCCGCUGACGGCCGUGCGCUCUGCAAGUGUGCCGCGGGCACCUGCGGCGAAAGCGGAAAUUGCGGUGGAUUCCAGAAUCCUUUUGCACAGGCCUCACAGGCCCGAAGCAUGGGAUGAUGUGGGUACACAAAGCAAGAAGGAGCAAGGAGGCAACGCCACAGUUCAGAAACUCCAUUGCGACGAAACUGCGAACAGCUCGGCGAACGGCACGAAGAGUGCAGGCACUGCCAGCGGUUCAUUAGAUGCAGCUUUCUGCACCAAUCAACAUGCUCAAGCUUGCAAGAUCGGCUUCAUUCCCUUCAUGGAUUCGUCUGAUUUAGCAUGUGGUCUUGGACAAACUUGUGAGACAGCCACUGACGGACGUGCGCUCUGCAAGUGUGCCGCGGGCACCUGCAGCGAAAGCGGAGAUUGCGGUGGAUUCCAGAAUCCUUUUGCGCAGACGACAACCUUGGCGCAGACUGCACCCGAGACAGCGCCUGAGAGUGCGGUGCAGACAGCGAGCCAAGGUGCUGGACAGAUGUCCUCAAGUACGGCUAUUUGA